AUGACUCAAGGAAGCGACCUAUUCUCCAUUGCCCCUAGUGAGAUCUCCUUCCCGCUCCCGAAGGCAGUGAAUACGACUUUACACAUCCAUCUCACCUUCUUCGCAACGACGGCGACGGUGUUUCUCACAACAACGUCAACUGGCGAGUCGCAAGGCACUACGAGGCCGAUGGGCAGUCUGGUCUAUGCUAUUCCCGAUCGCUUCGAUCCCAAAAACACAAUGACAACCGCCUUGUACACUUCACCCGGCACCAUCGACCAUGCCAGGCGCACGGCCCAAGCACUGGCCCGCAGGAUGAACAUCCCGGUUUUUGUCGGGUGUAGCAUCGAUCUUUCCGGCCAGGUUGUGGAGGAGGAGGCGGAAGGCCUAGCCAAAAUCGUUGAUACCAUCAUGCGCAGAUGGGAGUUGUUUAAGGGGGAAAAGGAAGAACAGGGAUGA